AUGGGUGGAUCAAAAUCGGAUCCCGUGUUGCUGUCUCUGUUCGCAAACAGGUUCAUUUCGAUAGCCGAAGCCAUGUACGUCCUUGUGUCGUAUAGUGUUGCCGCACAUGCUGGAGGCUGCCAUCAUGACGCUGAUUGUUCUUGACCGUAAUCGACGACGACAACGACGGCAUGUGGUACGACGUCAUCGCACUUGCAGGGGAAGGGCCUUGCAGCAGACGUCGAUCAGUACCAAUAUCAAAGUGCGUGUACUACGCUGGGUGACUCGGUCAGGUACACGUAGUAGACUAAUAUGCUCGGCACAUUUCAUAGGAACGUGAGCUGCUAUCAGUAUAGUCGCCGGAGACCAUUGACAUCCCCCCCCCCCUGGCCAGGUGUGCUGACGACCUCGGGAUCUCUCACAACUGUGCUACAGGCCUCGAGUAAGUGCAGAGUCUGUCAAGUCCAGUGUCAAUGUGGCACAGCGUUGAUCUCCGAGCUCGCCUCGCGCUCGACUUGGCACACCCUUCCUGCCCACUCUAGCUUCUCUUGCGCCAUCUUUGCUCCGAAUGGAGAUCUCAUCGCCAAUGUGAGUGUCUCAAGAUGGAAGUCCAUUCAUCUUUGCAGACCUGCGAGCUCCUCGGGCAAGGCACCUGAUGCCUCUUCCCCACCACUGCACUCCCUCACUACCACAGGCGCCCCACUUGCCUGUGCACCUCGGCUCCAUGUCCUUCGCUGUGCAGUACCAGAUCGAGACCCUCGGACAGGGUGGCCUCCACAAAGGCGGUCAGUCCUAUCACUCGUCCAUACGCAUUCUGAAAAGAUCAUCGCCUGACUGAGAUGUUGGUGUGUGACAGAUGUACUCCUUUCGAACCACCCCGUCGCGGGGGGUUCUCAUCUACCGGAUAUCACGUGUGAGUUUCCAUCCUCAAGCUCGGACGAGCAGCCAAUUACUCUUUACUGAGAACAUCAUUUGUCCGAUCUCAAGGUAUCACACCCGUCUUUGGGCAAGACGGCAAGAUCAUCUUCUUCACCGCUUCGCGAGGGCAUCAUGCGGGUCAGUCAGAACUUUUAUUCUCUUGACCGCGAGAUUUUCAGUCGUUGACCGCAGUCCAUUUUCCUUUCCAGACAUCGGAGGCAUACUUCCAGGUAUGCCAAUGGGGCUACAUAGUAUCCAUACCAAAUUCUGUGGCUAACGUUCUGUCCCGAACGUGAACAGGCUCCAUGCCACCCACGUCAAAGACGAUCUUUGAGGAAGGCGCGCAGAUCAAGAGCUUCAAGGUCGUAUCAAAGGGUGCAUACCAGCGCGACGAGCUGGUCAGAUUGCUCGUCGACGAACCUGCGCAGUAUGAGGGUUGUAGUGGAACUCGUGAGUUAACGCUUACGAAUCAUGUGACGAUAGUGCACUGACAAUGUUCUUCACAGGCUGCAUGAGCGACGUCGAAUCGGACCUCCAGGCGCAGAUCGCAGCCAACAACAAGGGCGCGAACCUAAUCAAACUCCUUAUCGAGGAAUACGCUCUUCCCGUCGUGCUCGAGUACAUGCACCACAUUCGGGACAAUGCCGAACUCGCCGUGCGCAACCUGUUGAGACGGGUCGCCAAGAGGAUGAGCAAGACCGAGUUGAACGCGAUCGAUUACCUUGAUGAUGGCACGCCGAUACAAUUGAAGGUACAGAUUGAUGAGGACAAAGGCUCGGCUGUGUUUGAUUUCGCUGGGACGGGCCCCGAGAUUUUUGGUGAGUGGGUGACGGUGAGGGCACUAGAGUUUGGGAAACAAACUUACUGUUGUCACGUUGGAUGACAGGUAACCUCAACGCACCGGUCUCGGUAACUUACUCGGCCAUCAUCUACUGCUUGCGAGCGAUGGUUGAUCAGGAUGUAAGUCACUUCCGAAUCGGAAUCUUUUGGUUCGGAAAUAUGCUGACCAGGCACGUGUAUUCCUUUGAACAGAUCCCACUUAAUCAAGGCUGCCUCACACCUGUUGAGAUCAAACUACCCCCCGGGUGCUGCCUCAACCCUUCGGAUACCGCGGCUGUCGUAGGAGGGUGAGUACUCCCCACAGCACCACAAAUACAAGCUGCGCACUGACCCGGAUGUUUUGACAUUUCAAAGAAACGUCUGCACCUCGCAACGCGUCACCGACGUCGUCCUACGAGCUUUCGAAGCUGCGGCCGCAUCACAAGGGGAUUGCAACAACUUGACGUUCGGGAACGGGGGACGCAAUGAAGCGGGUGAAGCGGUCGAAGGGUUCGGUUACUACGAAACGAUCGCCGGUGGAUCGGGUGCCGGUCCGACUUGGGAUGGGACGAGCGGCGUUCAUACCCACAUGACAAACACGAGGUACGUCCCUGAUCCUUCGCAGAUAGCAAAUCGCUUCGCCGCUAUACUGACAGCUGUUACCUGGGCACGCACAGGAUCACGGACCCGGAAAUCCUGGAACGACGGUAUCCGACCAUCUUGCAUCGCUUCGAGAUUCGGAAGGGCUCGGGUGGCGAAGGGGCUUAUACGGGUGGAUGUGGUGUCAUUAGGGUACGUUCGUGGCUUUCCUCGCUGGUUGCCUGUGGGUUGUGAUGAGCUCAUUUUCUUUCUGCUUUCCUCUCCUCAUCCGGACAGGAGAUUGAAUUCCUUGAGUGAGCAUAUCAACGACUUUCCUAACCCCCACCAACAUUCACUAGCUGACCGAUCCUAUCCUCCCCCACAGACCCAUCCAAUGCUCCAUCCUUUCCGAGCGCCGCGUCUACGCCCCUUACGGACUCGCCGGCGGUGCUUCCGGAUCACGCGGUCGAAAUCUCUGGAUAAAGCAAGCCCGACCUGAACAGGAUGGGGAUUCGGGCCUCAAGCCGAGGACGAUUAAUCUGGGUGGUAAGGCGACGGUCAAGAUGGGGAGAGGGGAUCGAAUCAUUAUUGAGACGCCUGGAGGUGGAGGUUGGGGUAAGGUUGGGGAGGGGAGGAAGGUGGAGGAUGGGAAGAAGAAGGCGGGAUUCGGGAGGGGGGAUGCGAGGGGUAGUGAGGCAGAGAGGAGGGGGGCGCAGGAAGGGAUUUGA